CUGCGCAUGCGCGACGUUAGCGGAAGUGACGCACCUUGCUGUGUUUCCGUUGGCUGGUCCGUCUGGUUGGAGCGUCAGAAGCGGAUCGGUUUGGUUCGUUUCGGUUCUUCGCAAUCAGAAGCAUAAACUCCACGCAUAAGAUGUCGUUCGGUGUCCCGCACAGCGGCGGCCGGCGCAGUAAAUGGGAUCAGGCCGGUCCGGUGUCCGGAGAUGAUGGAGGCUCUGCUCCGACCGGAGCUCUGGACGCUGCUGCCGCCGUCGCUGCCAAGAUCAACGCCAUGCUGGUGGCCAAAGGAAAACUCAAACCGUCUCAGAUCAGCAGCACUGCUCCCGCGGAGAAAGUGGCAGGUGUUGGUGGUAAUAAGGUGAAAGAUGAUCUGGUGGUGGCCGAGGUGGAGAUUAAUGAUGUCCCACUGACCUGUCGAAAUCUGCUGACCCGCGGACAGACUCAGGACGAGAUCAGCAGAGUGAGCGGCGCUGCGGUGUCCACCAGAGGACGCUUCAUGACCACAGAGGAGAAGAGCAAAGCACUGCCCAGUGACCGUCCACUCUAUCUGCACGUCCAGGGACAAACCAGAGACUUAGUGGACAAGGCUGUAAACCGGAUCAAGGAGAUCAUUACUAACGGUGUGGUGAAGGCUGCCACUAACUCCAGCUACAGCGGAGCCACGGUCACCGUUUACCAGCAGCCUGGACCCACUCCUGUACCCACAAUCCCCUCCGCUGCUCACAAACCACACUAUCCAGGAGGAAUGCAUUACGUGCAGGACAAGCUGUUUGUGGGUCUGGAUCAGGCCGUGCAGGGCUUCUGUGUGAAGGAGCGUGUGGAGGGGCCCGGCUGCUCGUACCUGCAGCACAUUCAGGCAGAAACCGGGGCCAAAGUCUUCCUGCGGGGCCGAGGGUCCGGCUGCCUGGAGCCUGCGUCAGGACGAGAGGCCUUCGAGCCCAUGUACAUCUACAUCAGUCACCCAAAGCCAGAAGGACUUGCUGCUGCUAAAACCCUGUGUGAGAACCUGCUGCAGACCGUUCAUGCAGAGUAUUCUCGAUUCCUGAAUCAGAUGAGCAGUGUGAUGCCCACACAGGCAGGAUUCAUUCAGCCGCCUGCCGUUAACGGGAUCCCGCCGCAGGCUCCGUAUUACCCCCCCGCAGGCUUCCAGCCGUCCUACCCCGUCCCGGUCCCUCCGCCGCAGCCCAUCGCUCCUCAGUAUCCAGUGGCCCCGGGCCCCGUCCCCCCCCCACAGUACCCCGUCCCCCCCGCUCCGGCCAGCGUCCCCGCACAGACGCUUCCUCCGGCUCUGUUUCCUCCCGGCGCUCCGGCUCCGCCCACAGCUGUAGCUCCGCCCACCCAGCAGCAGAAGCGGCGCUUCACAGAGGAGGUGGACGAGACGGACCGUGGCCUGCUGGGAUACCAGGUGCAGGCAUCUCUGUGGGCAGCUCUGAGGCAUCAGGACCCCCGUCUGCUGCUGCUUCAGGGCCUGUGAGAGAGAGAGACAGCAGCAGACUCAUGCCCCCCCCGUGUGCUCCGGCUCCAGGCGACGGUCCGAGAGCUCAGAAAGCAGACGAGAAGACGCCGGCGCAGAGCCUUCUGGGUAAGACAGCAGCUCGCUCAUAAUCACUGUGAGGCUGCGGCGCUAGCUACAGGUAAAGCUGAAGCGUCUCGCUUCCUCAGGAAAUGACACGCUUCAGCUUCUCCGCCCCUCAUUGGUCAGAUGUGUUGAGUGAAGCUCCUCCCCCGAGCGGUGAUGUCAUCAGGCGUGUGGCUGUCACACUAACAUCCGUCUCUCUUGUGUUUUGUGUUCUCUCUCUCUCUCUCUGUGUUUUUUCCCUCUCUUUCAUGUGUCCGGAUCCUGCGGGGGUGGGGCCUCUUCCUCGACGCUGCCUCCUGAUUGGACGCUCGUGAUGACGUGCGGCUGUGUUUGAUUAACUGUGCUGCUGUGGCGUGUUGUUUGUGUGUGUUUCUGGUCUCUCUCGUCAGAGCCGCAGGUGAAGCGUGUGCGGACGGGGCUCGUGGCGUACACCGGAGACUCCUCCGACGAAGAAGAGGAUCACGGAGCCUCCAGAGCAGCCGGAGCCACAGGAUGGACGUACCGCUUCCCAUCAUCAGCGCCCUCACGGCCCA